UGUUGUGGUGUAAGAAUCGUGAUCUUGUUGGUUUAACUUAAAUUUCUGACUUCUUCUUUGAGAAUCGAAGUACAGUGAAGAAGCUAACCCAUUUAACAUAACUGAGUAUAUAUUUCUACGUUUUUUUCUCUGCAUAGUGUUACCUCUAGACUAUGGUAAAUAAAGCCACAAUCGGAACAAGAAUCAUUGUCGUUUUGAAUUACUGGUACCAGCAAAAUUUCUUUUCAAGAUCAACACAAGAGCAAUGACUCUAUUGGUCAACAGUCGUAAACAAACAUCGAGCGAUCAAUGAAAGCUUGUAAAUAAUUCUAAGCCAGGAUGUCAAAACUAUUUCAAAGAUGUCGCCGCUAAUACUUCGGUCAUCUUAGGUACAAGAUAAUGGGAUAAAUUCAAAGAUGACAAAGGAAACAAAGUCCCUUCCGGAAAAGAGCAGUGAGGAACAUUGCAUCCAUAAAAUCACAGUUGAACCAGUGAUAUUUUGUUAUGCGUUUGGGAUAAUUCUUCACGUCCCAGUCAUUCAACAGUAUAUCCACCGACGAAUCGCCGAGGAGAAAGGCAUUAUCUAUAACACAACAGCUAGUCUAAGUAAUUGCGAUUCUAUGCGAGCCACUCGUAAUGGAGAAACUUUAAAAAUGCAAAAAGAAGUUCAGUCCGAAGCUUCAUUUAUGCAACUCGGUAUGGUGUUCUCUGCCAGUGCCCCGUCACUUUUGGUCGCGCUGUUUUUAGGGGCAUGGUCCGACCGCGCGGGGCGAAGAAGAGUGAUGGCUUUACCCAUAUUUGGAAGUGCAAUAGAGUCAGCCAUAAUAUUAUGGGUUAUCGCGUUCAAUCUUCCCAUCCAGACGUUACUUUUAGCAGGAUUUAUAAAUGGGUUGUGUGGUUUCUUCCCAACAAUGGUUUUGUCGGUGUUUUCGUAUGUGGCAGAUAUUACAGAAGAGUCCCAACGUGCUUUUCGACUCGGAAUCCUAGAGGCAACUGCCUUUAUAAGCGGUAUGCUCAGUCAUUUAAGCAGCGGUUGGCUAAUAAACAAAACAGGUUACAAAGCACCGUACAUGAUGAUUUUAUCGCUUCACACUUUCGCGCUGUUUUACGUAGUUUUAAAACUUCCUGAGUCAAGAGCGAAACAUUUAAUGGAGAAUUCCAACGUAAAAGUGUUCAGUUUACAUCACAUCCGGGUCAUCAUAUGCAUCUUUACAAACCCUAGAUCUGGCGAAAGAUGGCGCAUGUGCAUACUUAUGUUUACCUCUGGCCUUAUGAUUGUGUCCUCGAUUGGUUUUGGCAGUGUCAUUGUACUUUACGCCAUCGAUCGUCCAUUGUGUUGUAAUUCUAUCCUGAUUGGCUAUUACCUAGCAACGAGCUUCUUUGUGCAAGCUGUUGGGGCCAUUCUUGGACUGAAAUUUUUAAAAAUGAUCUUAUCAGAGCAUACUCUUAUGCAAGUAGGAAUGAUAUCUGUGAUAUGUUCACUGGUUAUGAUGGCAUUUGUUAAAAGCAAGAGAGCGUUGUUUGUUGUUCCUUUUGUAGCCUGUCUUGGUGGGAUUCCAACUCCAGUUAUCAGAGCCAUGAUGUCCAAAAUGGUUGAUCCAGAUGAACAAGGUGCAUUGUUUGCUGCUGUUGCGACUCUGGAGACAAUUUGCACUCUGUUUGGCGCCGCCCUAUUUAACUCAAUUUAUCCUUUAUUUUUACACAUUGGAUUAAAUGGGUUUUGUUUCCUUGUCAUGGCAUUUCUGAUGGUAGCUGCCCUUAUUUUGACCGA